CCUGUAAUUUGUAAUUGUCAAACGUCAACUGGCUUCGAGGUUAAGUGCAAGACCAUUUGCUCGCUAUAGUGGCGUAGGCAUAUAAUGAGUAAAUUCAAAAUGUUUUCCGACGAUUAUGAGCAAGGUUAUGAAUACAACAGCUAUGAUGAGUAUGGGGCUCACACAGGAGACCCCAACUUGGACAACGAGUACAAUAAACAGCACCUAAAGAUGCCGGAAAUAGUCAAAAACUUCCUAAUCUAUUUCCGCAAUUGCGUGAAUGAGGGUUUAAUCUUUGAGUUGCAAACUUUGUAUGAAACUUCGUGGCCAAAACUAACCGAAGAUUAUUUCGAGAAACGCCCCUGGCCAGAAGAGUCAGAAGUGUCAGCGCUAGUCGACAGUGAUCCCGUGUUCAUGAUCCUGUACAAAGAGCUCUACUUCCGCCACAUUUACGCGCGCAUUCAAGGGGGCCCAACCCUCGAGCAGCGCUUCAAUUCGUUCUACAAUUACUGCGACCUCUUCAACUACAUCCUAAGCGCUGACGAACCGGUGCCUCUAGAACUCCCCGACUUGUGGCUAUGGGAAUUAAUCGACGAAUUCGUCUACCAAUUCCAAUCAUUCGCCCAAUACCGGGCCCGCCUUCAGAAGAAAACCGCCCAAGAACUGGAGACUCUAAACUCGCACAAUAAAGUGUGGAACGUACUUUGCGUUCUGAACGUGUUGCAUUCUCUGGUCGACAAGAGCAACAUCAAGCAACAACUGGAGGUUUGCGCCAGUGGGGGCGACCCCGAUUCGGUGGCCGGCGAGUUCGGGAGUCACUCGCUCUACAAAAUGUUGGGCUAUUUUUCCCUGAUUGGGCUUCUGAGGCUUCACUCUCUGCUCGGGGACUACUACCAGUCGAUCAAAGUGCUGGAAAACAUUGAGCUGCAUAAGAAGUCGCAGUAUGCGCACAUCCCGGCUUGCUUGAUCUCAACGUCGUACUAUGUGGGGUUUGGGUACAUGAUGAUGAGGCGCUAUUCUGACGCAAUUCGCACGUUUUCGUCCAUUCUCUUGUACAUUCAGAGAACCAAGCAAUUGUUUGCUUCUAAAAGUUAUCAGCACGACCAGAUUAACAAGCAAACGGAUCAGAUGUACCACUUGUUGGCCAUUUGCUUGGUUUUGCACCCGCAGUGUAUCGACGAAUCGAUCCAGCAAACUCUGAGAGAGAAAAGCUACCAUGAGAAAAUGUACAAGAUGCAGUAUGGGGACCUCCAGGAGUUUGAAAAUUGUUUCGUUUUCGCUUGUCCUAAGUUUCUUUCGCCGUGUCCUCCGCCGGUGGAUUCCAUCCCUGAUGAUUAUUCGAAGGAGGCGAUCCGCCACCAAACUCAAGUUUUUAUGGACGAGGUCCAGCAACAAAAAAUGUUGCCAACGAUUAGAAGUUACUUGAAGUUGUACACCACUUUGCCCAUUGCCAAGUUGGCGACUUUCAUGGCGCAGAAUAAGAACAGUGAAGGGAAGUUUGAUGUUGAUAAGGAGACGCAGAAUCUUUUGAUUCAUUUGUUGUGCUUCAAGCACAAAAUGAAGAAUGUGGUGUGGUCGAAGGGCUCGUCGGGGCUGGAAGGGAAGCUGGAGAGUGGCUCAGAGCUGGAUUUCUACAUCGAUAAUGAUAUGAUUCAUAUCGCCGACACGAAAGUGGCGCACAGAUACGGCGAUUUCUUUAUAAGGAAAAUUCUCAAGUUUGAGGAUUUGAACAGGAAGCUUCACAAUCUUAAAUUCUAAUGUAGAAUUCGGUGUAAUUUUUGCACUCAACGAAUAAAAUUGCUUAAAAUAA